AUGGCCGCGGAAGGCGACAUUCCAUGUCUUCCUGAAGAACUCAUCAGAAACAUUCUCAAACGCCUGCCGGUAAAAUCCCUAAUCCGAUUUCAAUCUGCAUGUAAGCAUUGGAAAAAUCUCAUCAAGACGUCAUCUUUCAUCAUAGAACACCUGCACCAUUCCAGUAAUGAAAACCCUUUGCUUCUUUUGCAAUGGGAUUACAGAUGUGAUCCUUUGCACUUACAUAUGCUUAAUCAUGAGAUGCAAAUUCUUCAAGUUCAGCCCUCACCUUUGAUGGAUUUCUUACCAUGUGCCACGAUCAUCGAUUGCAGCAAUGGCUUGCUGUGUGUUAGAACUGAAUAUCGUUAUGGUGCAUGCAAUCCUUCCCUUUUCUUGUGGAAUCCUGGUACUAGAGAGGUCAAACAUGUGCCCAGAUUUAUUUAUGAUGAUAUUAAUCACAUGUUUUGUCCAUAUGCAUUUGGGUUCAGUCCAAUUGUUAAUAAUUGCAAGAUAGUGACAUUUCAUGAAACUCGGUUUGAUUGUGAGGAUAAUCUAGUAGGAGUGUAUUCAUUAAGUACAGGGUCAUGGAAGUUGAUAAAUGCUCGGGAGAUUUUGGGAGUGCGUCUUCGUCUUUUCCCUGUCAAUAUUAACGGAGUUAUUUUCUGGUGUGGGGAGAGUCUGGAUCGUGGUGUCGGUGAUGAAUGA